UUGUGCUUAAAAUGCUUCUAUUAGUUUUGAGCAGCUUUGCAUCAACUAUUGCAAUGAGAAACUGCAGCAAUUGUUUAUUGAAUUGGUUCUGAAGAGAGAACAGGAAGAAUAUCGCAAUGAAAAAAUUGAUUGGAUGAAGGUGGACUAUUUCAACAACCAGAUAAUUUGCGAUCUGGUAGAAAAUCCUACCAAAGGCAUUGUUGGGAUAUUGGAUGAGGAGUGUCUAGUGCCUGGUGAUCAGAAUGACUCGGCUUUUCUGGUACAUAUGGACAAGAAGUUAGUGGAACAUGCUCAUUAUGUGAGCUAUGCUAAAGGUGAGAAGAGCUUGAACAGAGAGUCUGAAUUUCAGAUCAAACAUUAUGCUGGAAAUGUAACAUAUUCUGUGGAUGGAUUUAUAGUCAAGAACAAGGACCUGCUUUUCCAAGAUUUGAAGCGUCUUCUCUACAACUGUGACUUACCUGUUUUGAAGGAAAUGUUUUCAGAUGGAGCAGGACCAGUCGAUGAUGUGACUCAACGACCUCAUACAGCUGGCACUGGAUUUAAGAUGUCUAUGGUUUCACUGGUUGAAAUUCUAAAAUCGAAAGAGCCUCAUUAUGUGAGAUGUGUGAAGCCAAAUGCUGAGAAGAAAUCAGGCAUUUAUGAUCAACAACUUUGCACUCAUCAGGUUCGUUAUCUUGGAUUGCUGGAAAACGUUCGUGUUCGUCGUGCUGGUUUCGCUCACCGGCAAUCAUAUGAAUCUUUUGUAACAAGAUACAAAAUGUUGUGCAAGGAGACAUGGCCAAGACCAAAAGUCUCUGAUCGUGUUGCGGCACAGAAAAUUUGUGAAUUUAUGCAGCUAAGUCAAUUGGUGAAGUUUGGUGAAACUAAGAUCUUUAUCAAGAUUCCAAAUACUCUGUUCUUCUUGGAACGAGAGCGGGAGAAGAAAAUUCCUUUGAUGGCUACGAUUAUUCAAAAAGUAUGGAAGGGUUUGAAAGCUCGCCGGUACUAUCGUCGUCUUCGUUCAGCUCUUAAGAUUCAGAAUACUUUUAAGUCAUACAAGUGGCGCAGGUACAUGCUGAAAGUGAUUGAUACUUUCAAGGAUGUCAAGAUUUUGCCUGAUUUGGGUUACCGCCUGCAGUGGCCAGAACCUCCACCUGUUUUGAAGGCAGGCCAGGCUUAUAUGCAGAAAAUUCAUCGAAACUGGAGGGCUAAGGUGAUUGUUGAAAAGUUGAGCAAACAACAAGUGGAUGAGAUGCGUGUGAGAUGCAUUGCUUUUUCAGCUUGUCGAGGACGAAAGAGUGACUGGGGCAGUACUGUACCCUUUCCACUCAAUGGGCUGAAGGAUGAAACCAAUCCUGGAAGUGCAAAGUUUAAUCAAUCAGUUGCUGCUUUGAAGAGCUUAAAUGGAGACCAAACAGUUAUCUAUUCUGCUCAUGUAGUGAAACUGGGGCGAAACAUGAAAACUGCAGAUCGAGCAUUUGUUCUGACUGACAAACAUCUAUAUAGGCUUGAUGGUGUCACUUACCAGACAGGGAAGAAGGCUCCAAUCGUGCUGAAACAAAUUGGGUCUGUGAGUCUGUUACCUGGUAAUGAUCAAGGAAUGAUUAUUCAUACUAAGGAGGAAUUUGGUGAUCUUGUUCUCUACGUGUGUGAUGGCCGUGCCGCUAGUGAAUUUGUUUCCAUUAUCUGGCUCACCAUCAAGCGCAAGUUCAAUCAUCGUCUCAAGGUCACAAUCCAACCAGAGCUCUCAUACAAACAGGAUGGUAAGACCAAGACUUUGAUUCUUCAGCAAAGUGCUGCUGGCUCUUCUCCUGCUUUUAAGAAGCUGUCAGCUGAUAGAGCAGCAUUGGUGUGGCCUGCCAGCUCUUGAGGUAGGCCGAUAACUUUGUCUAGUUAGAAUGUUGUACUGUGAAUUUUUGUGUUUCAUGUAUGCCACCAGAGUUUUAUCAUUCUAAAUGGUAAACAGUAUUUAUAGUGUAGGCAAGUCUUAGGUAUUCAGGUACUGGUCAAGACAAUUGAUAUUUUGUUUCUGCA